GGUGACGCGUCACGCCCUGUGUGAGUAAGCCACUAAACAUGGGCAGUGCAGGUAGUGUUGCAAAGUCUCAAUGAAUCAACUGUGCAUCAGACGUGAUCAUGAAGAAGGAGGGGGAGGGCUAAGAACGCGCUGUACACGGGUGGAGGAGUCUGUGUAUCUCUGUGUCUAUACACAAGAACACAAGAGAAGUAAAAAUGCUUUCACAGCAAGGAAAAGAGUGAAAAACACACAAGAAAGGUAACAAACGUUCUAUUAUUCCCCGACAGAGCUUUAUUUUGGGAACUGUAGCACUGAGUCUGCCAACUACGUCACAUCUUGACCUUGUGCUUAAAAUUGGAAGCAUACAGGAGAGUCAGGGAGGGAAUGUUUAUGCAGAAGUCGUCUAUCAUUGGCUCCGGUCCUGACAGUCAUACCAGGGCAAGUCACUGUUUACACGGCGUGAGCCAAUCAUAUUGAAGACCUGUCAUUCCAGCCCCCCCCCCUCCCGCCUGUGGCACUCCACACCAGAGAAACUAUAAAGCUGCCUGACAAGUCAAGAGGGAGAAAGAGAGGAGGUUGAACCAUGAGAGAGAACCUGAUUACUGUGGCAUCCCAAAACAUGGCGAACACUGACAGUUUGACACCUACUGACCUGUACGCAGAGGGGAAGGGGUUAAAGAGGAGAAACUGGAGAAACAGAAUACGAUUUCUGCUGAAGACAAACUCUUCCCAUUCAGUGUCACAUCUGAUGAAGAACAGGACCUACAGGCCAAGUGUCGAUGACGUGAACCAAUGGGCGCAGUCGCUCGACAAACUGCUCGGUCAUAAAUAUGGGAAAGCUGCUUUCUUUAUCUUCCUGAAGUCUGAGUUCUGCGAGGAGAACAUUGAGUUUUGGACAGCCUGUGAGGAUUUCAGGACACUCACGUCGCACAAAGACAUUGUGUCCAAGGCCAACAGCAUUUAUGAGGAGUUUGUUCAAAAUGAAGCUCCCAAGGAGAUAAACCUGGAUUACCACACUAAAAAUGCAAUCACCCAGAGUCUACAUGAGCCCACAAUGACAAGCUUCCUGGCGGCUCAGAGGAAAGUCUACAGUCUUAUGGAGAACAACUCCUACCCCAGGUUUAUCCACUCCGACCUCUACAAGGAACUGUGUGUGGCUGCCAAGGGAGACCGCAAGCUCAUUAAGUCUUAGUCAAACGAUGCAGCCUCUCCUGAAGUCCACUUGUUUACCACUGUGACUGUGUGACACUGAUGAUGUUUACUCUGAACACUGCCUUGGGAUAAUCGACCCAAAUGCAAAUCCUGACAAUAAACAUUACCAGCGAGUGUGGAAAACGCAAUACCAGAGCGAUUUCUGGCGCAUCCUGCUGGGAGCUCUUACUGAUGGAAGAUUAGGCUGGAUGCUAUAUGCCGCUGCAGGCACUUAACACGGCAUUUCAACCAGAAGGAAUUGAGACUACUUUUUCUCCACUAAGCCAUUACUUGCACUUUCUUUGCUCGGUACCUUUCUUAGCAAUGAAGCUAUUGAAGAAAGCGCUGUUGUCGAGCCACUGCAUUCGCAGAAUGAAAGGAAUUUGCCACACACUUUAUUUUUACACACAGCUAUUUAUUUUUCCGAUGCCGGUGUUGGAAAAUAGUCUCCUGUUCAGAUGUACAGUCAGCGAUUUACUUCUUGUAAAUGUGUGGCCCUGCUCUUUAUUGCCACAUUGCGCGCAUGGAUUUGCAUCCGUUUACACAAAAAAGUGCACUUUUGUUACACAGCAUUUAAAACCUCCGCCGAGGACUGUGGUCGAUGUGAAGUGACUGACAAAAGCAAGUGUUUGAGUGACAUUUCUGACAAUGUUAUUUAUUGUAAAUAUAGUGAUUUCACAUUUGAGAUGCACAUGGCUUGUUGAAUGUGAAUUUAAGUGUCUAGCAGCUGGACUGCUUGAGAAAAUAAACAAUGUUUUUCAGUG